AAAAUAUCGCUGAGAGAAUCUUGUUAAAUGUUUGAGUGUCAAGGAAGUGGACCGAAGAAAAACUCGCUGUAAAAAGUAAUUUAAAAGUAAACAAUGAAUGCUGUGAAACAAAUAAGUUGCUUCCUGAGAAAUCCUGCAAGAACUCACUGUGCUAGAAUAGUAUCACGUCUCAAUUUCAGGCAAACGAACGCACCCAUCGGAAUCUGGAAAUUUCACACAUCUUGUGGCUUAUUGGGGGACAUCCAGGAGAUCAAUAUGAGACCCCAAGUGUACGUUACACGGCCGGAUUAUGCAGAGGUCGGGAUGGAAUUGCUGAGAGAGGAGUGCGAUGUCAGUUGCUGGGAUGGGGCUUGUCCAGUGCCCAGGGAUGAGCUGUUGAAGAAUGUUGGUGGGAAAGAUGGGAUUUUUUGUGCGCUGACGGAGAAGAUUGAUGUGGAGCUGUUGGAUCAGGCAGGGCCGAAUCUCAAGGUGGUUGCUACGAUUUCCGUGGGAUAUGAUCACAUUGACGUGGCUGAGUGCAAGAAACGAGGGAUCAGGGUGGGAUAUACUCCGGAUGUACUGACAGAUGCUACGGCUGAGCUCACGAUGGCUCUGUUACUGGCCACUGGGAGGCGUCUGUUUGAGGCGAAUAAGGAAGUGUACAAUGGAGGCUGGCAAUCGUGGGAACCAGCCUGGAUGUGCGGUCCAGGGCUCAAGGGGUCGACAGUGGGUUUGAUUGGGUUUGGGAGGAUUGGACAGGAAGUAGCGAAGAGAUUGGUUCCUUUCAAACCGGCCAAUAUUCUCUAUCACUCCCGCUCGAAUCAUCCCUACGAAGCUGAGCAAGUGGGAGCUGAAAAAGCUUCCCUGGAUGAGCUGCUCAUGCGGAGUGACUAUGUAGUUGUCCUGUGUGCCCUGACCCCAAAAACUCACCACAUAAUUGACGCUGAAGCCCUCUCCAAGAUGAAACCAAAUGCCAUCCUCAUAAACACCAGCCGCGGAGGCUGCGUGGACCAGGAUGCUCUCUUCGAGGCACUGCAGACGGGUAAAAUCCGUGCUGCUGGCCUUGAUGUCACAACUCCCGAGCCACUUCCCCUAGACAGUCCCCUUCUGACCCUCCGGAACAUCGUCCUUCUGCCCCACAUUGGCAGUGCUGACAUUGCAACGCGCCAGGAGAUGUCCCGGAUAACAGCCUGCAACAUCCUGGCCGGGCUCAAAGGGAUCAAGAUGAUGUCAGAACUCUGAGCAAUUUUUAAAGCUUCUUUAUUCAUAAUGGGGAGAAGAUUCCACAAAGAAAAUUAGGAUCAGUGGCAUUUUGUGAUACCGACGGAGACAACCAAAUAAAUUAUUGGGAAUAUUAUACAAUGAGAUUAAUAAAAAAUUCUUCUCUAUUAA